CCAGCCGCCGAGCUCUCGCCGCAGGCCCCGCCCUCGCCCGCGGCUCCAGUGGGCCCGGGAAGCUCCAGUGGUGUCCGCACGCCCCCGCAGGCCUCCUGGCGGCGCGAGGGUGGGAGGAAGACCCGAAGCCUGGCCCCCCGAGCCGCGCCACCGCCCCAGGAUAGUUAGAAAUAGUCCUUGGCGAAGAUGGAAGGGGAGAAGCGGCCGGCGCCCUACGAGGGCCUGUUUGCCGACGGGCACCUGGUCCUGUGGACGCUGUGCUCGGUGCUGCUGCCCGUGUUCAUCACCUUCUGGUGCAGCCUCCAGCGGUCGCGCCGGCAGCUGCACCGCAGGGACAUCUUCCGCAAGAGCAAGCAUGGGUGGCGCGACACGGACCUGUUCAGCCAUCCCACCUACUGCUGCGUGUGCGCGCAGCACAUCCUGCAGGGCGCCUUCUGCGACUGCUGCGGGCUGCGCGUGGACGAGGGCUGCCUCAAGAAGGCCGACAAGCGCUUCCACUGCAAGGAGAUCAUGCUCAAGAAUGACAGCAAGGCCCUGGACGCCAUGCACCACCACUGGAUCCGGGGCAACGUGCCCCUGUGCAGUUACUGUGUGGUUUGCAAGCAGCAAUGCGGCAGUCAACCCAAGCUCUGCGAUUACAGGUGCAUUUGGUGUCAGAAAACAGUACAUGAUGAGUGUAUGAAAAAUAGCUUAAAGAAUGAACAGUGUGAUUUUGGAGAAUUCAGAAACCUCAUCAUUCCACCAAGUUAUUUAACCUCCAUUAAUCAGAUGCGUAAAGACAAAAAAACAGAUUAUGCAGUGCUAGCAUCUAAGCUUGGAAAGCAGUGGACUCCAUUAAUAAUCCUGGCCAACUCUCGUAGUGGAACUAAUAUGGGAGAAGGACUGCUGGGAGAAUUCAGGAUCCUCCUAAAUCCCGUACAGGUUUUUGAUGUAACUAAAACUCCCCCUGUCAAAGCCCUGCAACUUUGUACUCUUCUUCCCUAUUACUCAGCUCGAGUCCUUGUUUGUGGAGGGGAUGGGACUGUGGGCUGGGUCCUGGAUGCAGUUGAUGAAAUGAAGAUUAAGGGACAAGAGAAAUACAUUCCACAAGUUGCAGUCUUGCCUCUGGGAACGGGCAACGAUCUAUCUAAUACCUUGGGUUGGGGUACAGGCUAUGCGGGAGAAAUCCCAGUCGCACAAGUCUUAAGAAACGUGAUGGAAGCAGAUGGAGUUAAACUAGAUAGAUGGAAAGUUCAAGUAACAAAUAAAGGAUACUACAACUUAAGAAAACUCAAGGAAUUCACAAUGAACAACUAUUUUUCUGUUGGACCUGAUGCUCUUAUGGCCCUCAAUUUUCACGCUCAUCGUGAGAAGGCACCAUCUCUGUUUUCUAGCAGAAUUCUUAAUAAGGCUGUUUACUUAUUUUAUGGAACCAAAGAUUGUUUAGUGCAAGAAUGUAAAGAUUUGAAUAAAAAAGUUGAGCUAGAGCUGGAUGGUGAGCGAGUAGAACUGCCGAAUUUGGAAGGUAUUAUCGUUCUGAACAUUGGCUACUGGGGCGGUGGCUGCAGACUGUGGGAAGGGAUGGGAGAUGAGACUUACCCUCUAGCCAGGCAUGAUGAUGGUUUACUGGAAGUUGUUGGAGUAUAUGGGUCUUUCCACUGUGCUCAGAUUCAAGUGAAACUGGCAAAUCCUUUUCGAAUAGGACAAGCACAUACAGUGCGGCUGAUCUUGAAGUGCUCGAUGAUGCCAAUGCAGGUAGAUGGGGAGCCAUGGGCCCAGGGGCCCUGCACUGUCACCAUAACCCACAAGACACACGCGCUGAUGUUAUAUUUCUCUGGAGAACAAACAGAUGACGAUAUCUCUAGUACUUCAGAUCCAGAGGACACAAAGGAAACCGAGUAGGUGGAGGAGGAAAAGAGAACUUAGUGUAGAAUCCUCACAAACGAGUAGAUAGACAUUCAUCCAAAAUAGAACUCUGUCAACUGGUUUAGUCUUCAUUUCAUCAGUAGUGUAAUGGGUAUACAUUUAUGUAAAUAGCAUUCCAAAAACAGCCAGAGCUCCGGUUGUUUCCAAAUGCCUGGUCUUUUUUCAGCAAACGCUUUGAUCAUGUAGCACUAACUAAAAGUCACAGGACGUUCCAUGAAGGCUCUGUGUUUGAGAGUUGGCUCGCUGAAGUGUGCGCUCUCAUUCCUUAUUCUGGAACCACACAGUUGAUGGACACAUACAUGCAACAAGAUGUAGGUGGAAAAAUCAUUUCCAUCUUAAUUUUUACUGUGGUGACACCAUAACGUUUUAAAAAUUACUUGCGUUUUUGAAAGGAGAUAGUUGGUGUCAAACUGCCAUGGUUCAUGCUGGACAUCCCCCCUGCAGCAUGCCUCUUAAGAUUUCCUACAGCCCAGCACCAAGUGGAUCCAUAAAGAUCUGUUUCCAGGAAACCCCAAAAGGAGAAAUGUAAAAGGAAGACAACACUCAGAUUUUUUAUUUUAAAUUUUAUUUUAGGAACAUUUUCAGACCCCCUAAUGUUGUUUGGUUAACUCUGUUAAUGACCAAGUUGAGCUUAAAUUCAGCAUCUUGUUUAAUCCCAGUGUAGCCAAAAGAGAACCACCUAGGUGAAUUGCAAAAUUAACACUCAGAACACUUUGGAUUGGAAGUUACAGGUUGUGGAACUUCCCUCGUGGUCCAGGGGUUAAGACUCCGUGCUUCCGUUGCAGGGGGAGUGGCCAAAAAAAGAAAAGAAAAGAGAAAGUUACAGGUUUAAAGCUGGAUGGUUCACCAACUUCUCUUUUGAUUAAAAGACAGUGUCAACAAUUCAAAAAAAUGUACUAAAGAAAAUUUACCAGAGUAAUUGCCAAAAAAAGUUCAGUGUUAAUUGAUAAGUUUUUAAAAUUUAGUGGUCUGGUAGUAUUUUGAAAUAUAGUAG